AUGCUCUACUUUGAAGAUGCUCUUUGGCUUCGUGAAAACUUUUGGAAAAAUACUAUCGGGACACUUUACUUUGCACUGGGUAAGUAUCUCGCUUUAGAAAAAGCGCAUGUUCUCGCGGUGUCUUAGGCUUCUUCGGGAUAGUUUUUCAUCUUAUCCUAAUCUCAAUUCUUCCUGAUAUCUCAAACUUUAUCUCUCGGCCGUCCGUUCUGCUCCACACGGCCCAAUUCAUUGCCUGCAUACUUCAGUUCCUAAUGGUUUUUUUGCCGGUUCCCUCUAUGAUUGGUCUGUGAAAGUUUAAAAGUUUCCGCGAAUCUUUUGUUUAAAGCAGUCCAAAAACCCUAUUUCUCCAACCCUGUUCUUAUAAACGUGCCCGGAUUCAUAUUGGUUUUGGCUCAAACCUUUGUCUUAAUUCUCACUAUUUCACACGGAGCACAUCGCUAUUUACGAAGCUUUUCAACUAAAGCAGCGUGAGUUUUUAUGCAAUUGGAGGGAAAGUUUGUAUUUACAUUUUACAUUUACAUUUCAGCAAAUUAAUAUUCGUCGACCAUGCCAUUUUCACCGUCAUUGCAAUCUCAUUCUGUUGCUCAUUCUGCUUCGCUAUCAAUAUUUGUGCACAUACCACGUAAGCGGAUAACGAAAAGAUGCUAAACAUCAAGUUUAGAAUCCGUCGCUUCAACCCCUAUCGAUUGUCCUGGAACAUUCUGGACUUUGAGGUCAACGCCUAUUUGUAUCUGAUUGUCGUUAUACUCGUUCCAACACUAAUAUUGUAUUUGCUGGAAUUUUCAAUUUUUCUGUACAGAAAACUAUUCGAAAUACCUGAAAACUCCGAAGAGAAAUCAUCCGAAGAGCAUCAACAAGAGAUCACCAUUUGGAACACAUUUCUUCAUACACUUCUCGAUGCAGCAUUCUUUUCCUGGCUCAUUCUUGGACUCUUUUUUACUUCCUCACCUCCAUUAUCGAUGUUACUUGCUUUUCUAACCGCUUAUUGGCCAUCUAUCAAUGCCUUAUCACUGAAUAUUCAUAUCAGAGCUGUAAGUCAACUCAUUGUUUGCACCAAAAUUUUCUUAUAAAGUUUCAGGCUCUCAUCUAUCGUGUUCGUGGUAUUUUCCAGCCUCAGUCAGCCAACAGUCCCAUUGUUAUAAGAGACAACACGCAUGGAAAAGUGUCAAAGCACAGAAGUUAG